UCUUUCUCGCCACACCCUUCUUUCCAACUUCUCUCUCUCUUUAAGUUGAUCACUUUGUUACUUGCAAUGGCCAUCAGAAAAUCUAACAAACUCACACAAAAAGCAAUGAUCAAGCAGAUCAUGAAGCGGUGCUCGAGCUUAGGGAAAAGGCACGGGUACGAAAACGACGAGGGGCUGCCACUGGACGUGCCAAAGGGGCACUUCGUGGUGUACGUGGGCGUGAACAGGAGCCGAUACAUCGUUCCUAUCUCGAUUUUGAACAGGCCGGAAUUCGUGAGCCUGCUUCAACGAGCUGAGGAAGAAUUCGGAUUCGAUCACGACAUGGGGAUCACAAUUCCUUGUGAUGAACAAGUAUUCCAGUCAUUCCUUAGAUAGAAAAUAAAUUUUGUGCUUCAAUUAUUUAUUACUAUUAGACUUGAAAAUGGAUUAGGAUAUAUAGGAAUCUGGAAAAUAUUUGGUCAAUUUUUGCUCUAGCAGUGGUUGUUUGGCUGUAAUUAGUUUUGAUUACAGGCGUCAUUAAUUGUACCAUGUUGGAGUACUAGUAAUUAGUAGUAAUAUAUAUCAACUUAAAUGAAGAUG